AUGCCGGCCCCUGCCGCUCUUUUCAGCGUCCUUGUCCUUCUACCAUUUAUUUCUUCACCUGUUGUUGCGGAUCCCAUCCAGAUUUUGGUCCCGUCCUCUCCAACGUCCUCUCAUGUCAUCCAACAAAACUUUCUUGGAAUCAGUUUGGAGCUGAGUUUCAUGGACGAAUACUUUGGCAAUGAUACCUCAACCAUUCCCCCGACUGUCAUCAACUAUCUUACUGCGUUGCGCUCGCGGGUAGGCAACACGCCAUUCCGCAUGAGGGUAGGUGGAAACUCGAUGGAUAGCUCGAUUUACGUCCCCGAGCAAACGUCGCCCAUGGUUCAAUUGGUUGGCGAUGCGGCCAAUGCAAAUAACCAGCCUGUAAACUAUGGGCCGGUAGUUUGGGAUGUCCUCGACAAGAUCGCGUCAGAUAUCGGCGGUGCAUCCUAUCUGCUCGGUUUGUCGCUUCUGGACCCAAAUAAUACCAACGUCCCAGUUCUCGCCGGUGAAGCCGCAGAGAAGUUGGGUGGCAACCUCGAUGGUUUCCUUCUCGGUAAUGAACCAGACUUAUACACGAGUCACGGCAAUCGGCCAGACAUCAAGAACUACACCACCGCAAUUUACAUGGAUGAAUUUCAAGCAGUCCUCAACCAUCUGACGAGUACCUCGGGCGGGAAUAUUUUGGAUAAACACAACAUUGGAGGCCCGACCAUCUGUUGUUCAUGGAAUCUAGACGCACUCAUCGAUGAUGGCUAUAUUAAGACCUUUAGCAAUGUUCUAAAAUAUGUCUCCCUGCAGCAUUACCCGCAGAACAACUGCUUCGGGCGUUAUAAUUUCGAGAUCCCGUACUAUGUCCAGCACGCAAAUGUUGUGGCCCUCGCCGCAUGGCAGCAAUCCGGAAUCAACAAGGCUUUGUCUGACGGUCAAGAAGUCAUCAUGUCCGAAUUUAACUCUGCAUCAUGCGGAGGUAUACCCACCAUCUCCGACACCUUCGCGGUUGGGUCCCUGUGGACUGUGGACUAUGCUCUGCAAUUAGCCUCGGUGGGAUACGGUGCGGCUUAUCUGCACACACGGGAACGAGGCAUCUCGUAUAAUCUUUUCACGCCGCCUGAGGGUCCCAAUGGUAUUCCUGGAUCUUGGACCACAAACCCACCCUUCUAUGGCCUGCUCGUCACUGCCGAGGCUUUACAUUCGAAGAGUGGCAAUGGCACCAUCGUCACCGACCUGGAUGUGAGUGGCUCCAAGACCGACAAGAACUCGACUGUCAGUGGGUACGCCGUCUACGAUGCAACGGACAAGACCGUCCAGCAGCUUGUCUUCUUCAAUUAUGCCAACGUCUCAUCCUCUGCAGGCUCAAUCGCUACUUUCAAUGUCCCUGCGAGCGUCUUCCAGUCCAGCAACAGGAAUGCUGUCGUCGUUAAAUACUUGACAGGUGAUAACAUGGGCGAGAGCAAGAACAUUGCAUGGGGCGGAGAAACCUACUCAGGGGUUGGUGAUGGACAAUUGGUGGCAGCGAAUGCAACAUGGGCACCUUCCAACAAGCAGUUGGAUUGCACCAAUGGGUGUUCCAUUGACGUUCCUGCUCCUGGGAUGGCUGUGGUAUUUGCUGGUGGUGCUCCAGCAAAUCAAGGUGGCAGCAGCAGUACGAACGGCGCAGCGACGAAGACUGGCAACGGUUUCCGAAAUGAGCCCAUGGCCCUUUUCACCACAGUUGUUCUGCUUUCGACGGUGAUGAUGGCCUGGGUUUCCUGGUAA